AUGCUUACCAGACCCAUAAUAGGAGCUCGUCUGCUUGGACUCCGGCCGUCUUUUGCAUUGCAAUUAGCCAGGCCAUUGCUGCUCAAACCCAAUUUUUCCAAAUUCAAAAAAAUCGAGCAGCCUCCAGGUCACAUAGUGGGAACAGUCAACGAUGCGUAUAAAAUCCCAUUGGUUAGCCACUACGAAGGAAGCUACCACUGGACAUACGAGAGAAUUCUUGCCAUGUCUCUUUUGCCGCUUUCGGUUUUCCAGUAUGGCGCUGGCUGUGACUAUCCCUUAGUGGACACGGCGUUUUGCUUGACUUUGCUUUUCCACGCCCACUCAGGCUUCAAGUCGUGCAUCAUUGACUAUAUUCCCGAGCGGGUCUAUGGUUUCUGGCACCUUGCGGCAUCGCGGUUGUUGUCUUUGGGCUCGUUUGUGGCCAUGUACGGAAUCUAUGUUCUUGAGACGACGGAGAACGGACUUUUCGACUUGGUGAGUCGCGUAUGGGGCGCCUAG